AUGUCUCAACUGAUGGCAACCGCCUGGAACCUGCUGGAAGCAAGUUCGGUUGAUGAAUAUCUCGGUGAUCCUGUCUUUGACCCACCAGUCGGGGACCACCAGGAUUCAGAGGCGAUAAAUCUAGUUUUUUUGAUCAGUCUCUCGGUGACCUUCGCUAUCCUGAUGGUAAUGCUCGUGGUUAUAGCAGUGUAUGUCACAUUUUGCAGUCCUGAUGAGGCUGAGUAUGACGAAGAGGUUGGAGUGACUGGCUCUGGUUUCUUCAAGAGGAAGCGUAGUGGGAUACUGCUCGACGGUUCCUUCGUGACACCCGGCGAGUUCGACGACGAACAGGCGUUAUUGGAGCAGGAGGCUCUAGAGCUGCCGCGUAUGUCUCGAUUUGAGACGGAGUUGUACCACCGGUGUCGGGAAUUUCAGAAAAUGUGCCCUCCUAUUGUUAAGGAAUUUGGCACCUACACGACCGCAAGUGACAAGCAAUUUAUCAGGGAUCGAGGCAUACAAAGCUACUAUUUCUUGCCUUCUAUCAACGACAACGUAGAUCAGUUUGGAAACUUUCUGCCCAGCUUCAUAGUUCAAGAUAAGCUGGACGUCACAUUCACUAAACACAACGCUAGCUCUUCCGCAGUCAUGAAUUACCCUCUACCUUAUAACAAGAAGGAUGCAGUAUACUUCGAAGUCAAGGUAUUCAGGUUCCCAGCCAAAUCAAAUUCGAUCUUUAGCUGUGGUCUUGUGACAUGUCCUUAUCCAUACUUUCGCAUUCCUGGUAUGGCUCAGUAUUCCAUCGCGUAUGAGUCUACCGGGAAACUUCGCAUCAACAAUGCAUUCUACGCGAGUAAACUUUUACCGCGACUGGAAGAGGGAGAUGUUGUGGGUUUCGGUUACCGUUAUCGGACAGGAACAAUAUUGAUCACUCAUAAUGGUAAGAAGAUGAUGGAUCUGACUCAUAACGUGGGUAUAGACCUAUUUGUGGGGCUCGGUGCUAUGAAUGCAGCCUAUACAAGGUCUUACACACGAGAUGGCCUUCUAGAGGACCCUGAUAAUAUAUCGCUACGCGAGCAAAUACUGGCUAGUGACCUCGAUCAAAAAGCCCCUAGAGUUCUUAAUGAGCAAUUAGAAUCCGUCCAUGAUCCGAAAGAUGGCAACAUUAAAUCCGACGAAAUCGAACUACAUGUCAAUUUGGGUCAAGUAGGCUUCGUAUACGUAGAGGCAAACGUGAAGAAGUACGCCUUUGGCAGUGUGUAUGGGGAAAUAGGCGUACCCCCAGCAUACAAUGGAGAUGAGAUUAAAAAGGACAUUGUUUUGCAGAAGGGCGAGGAGCUACCGCCUAAAUAUCCAGUUGAUGAAAUGGGGCCUCUGGGGAGCAAAAUAACCAGUAGUCGUAGCGAGGGUAUACCGGCUAAUGUAGGGGAAUACGAAAGAUCGUCUUCGGGCUAUGACAGAGAUAACAACCAGUACGGAGAGGAGACUCCAGUUCACAAACCCUCUAAAUCCAAAAAGAAAAACAAGAAAAAGAAGAGAAAAUCUAGAAAAUAA